UCAGCUGUCCAUACAUUCUGCCAACGACGUACGAUAACAUUCCUUGGUAUUAAUAAGCUUCCACUAUUAUUACCAAACAUCGCCCCAGCUACUCCAACAUAUCUGUAUCACCAACGAACUUGGCGACGAGUAUCUCAAACGAGCAAAAUAUCACUCGACGACAUUUAACGAAUAUUUGCACAUACUCACCACUUAAAUAAUAACCGUGAUGACGGCACCGAUGCCGCAUCCGUUCCAAGCCCACGUUCCGGCGACACCUCCGCCGGAGCUGCCGUUGUUCGGCAAGGGCCCAAUGUCUCCCGAUAUGUCCAAGACAACAACCACAACAACAACAUCUCAACAAGAAGCUUUCUUCAACAUGUUUGCCGCGCAUGCCCAACAAGUACGGGAACAGCAACGACAGAAGCAGCGACAGCAAGAUGCGCAGCAACAACAACAACAGCCAACCCCCGUAUCCUCCCGGCAGUCCAGCAGCAGCGCUCCCGUACCACAACAACCACCACCACCACCACAGACACAGACAAAUCUCCCAUUUUUUGGCAUGAAGACAACGUCCCCAGCAGUAGCAUCAGGAACAGAUGAUCCAACACAACAACCCACAACAUUCCCCACCCUCGACCCCAAAUCCCUCGCCAUGGCCUCGCGCAUCGCCGCCUACUACCAACAACGCUGCCAAGCCAUCGCCAACUUCCAGCAGCAGCGGUGCCAGCAGUGGGCCAACAUGCAGCGCGCCAAGUGCCAGGAGAUGAUGCAGGCGACCAUGCUGGUGGUGGCCUGGUAUAUUCGGGAUCGGAUCCAGCGGCGGCGGCGCAAGCAGAAGAGGGUGUUUAAGCGCGGGUUGGAGCAGAGGGAGAGGCAGCGCCUCCGAGGAGGAGGAGGAGGAGGAGGAGGAGGAGGAGGAAACGGGGGAAAAGUAACAAAGGGGAAGGUGGUGAGGAGGUGGGUUUUGGAUGUGCCUAUUGGGAUUUUACCGCCUACUUCUCCUGCUGCUGCUAUCACCACAACAACGACGGCAACAGAGAAGGGAAAGGUGGUAGUGCCCCAGCCAUCACCAGAAGUCCACGAUCCCCUCCAGGACCAAGCCGAAGCCAUUUUUGCUCUGGGCGGCGGCAACGGGGACGAGUUGCCAGAAACCAAGACCGAAGACAAAGAUUCGCAGAUGUUCACCAUCGCGGAUAACCUGAUCAAGUCGCAGCUGGCUCGGAUCGACGUCCCGCUUUUGGGGGUGUUGAACCUGGAUGAGAGCGAUAGCGAGGAGAGUUCGGAGGAGGACGAGGAGGAGUACUAUGAAGAUGAGUAUGAGGAUGAUUACGAAGGAGAAGAGUAUGACGAAGAGGAGGAGGAAUAUGAGGAUGAAGAAGGCGGAGAGGAGGAAAACGUGGUGUAUGAGUGCGUUUAUGGUAACGACCAAGGGCCUAAGAUGAAGGUGACUGCUGUUCCGUCUUUACAUCAACAUCAACAGCAGCAGCAGCAGCAGCGUACAAAGGUGGAAGAUGCUGUUGUUAUGUCGCCGGAGGGGAUGGGAUCGGAGGAGGUCCAGUUGGGCACGACGGAGUCGGGAAGCGCGGGGAGGAAGAGAGGUGCGAGCGAGAUUUCGUGAAGCGUGGCGAUUUAGAUAUCUCAGCCUUUUCUUCUGCUUGUUUACUUUUCUUGUUUUUAUGUACUAUGGUGGAAGACAUGUUGGAUGGAUGGAUGGGAUACCAUAUAGAAACACGGACUGGAGCAAUAUUGGUCUGUUUCUUUGAGAAUUUUGUUAGCCAGCUCAGUCAGUCGGUCGGUCGGUCGGUCGGUCGGUCGGUCGGUCGGUUUGCUUCGAGGUUCGGUUCAGGUCGGUACGGUACGGUACAGCGAAGGGAAAGGGGGGGAAACACCGGGGUGUUUUUGGGAAUAAUGGGACG